AUGGGAUCGGCUAUUCAUUGGGGUCAUGCAAGAACGAGCGACUUGAUUCAUUGGGAGAAUUUACCUAUUGCCAUUGAGCCCUACGAUGAAGGUCAAAUAUUCAGUGGUUGCUGCGUUUUGGAUAAAGACAAUGUUACCAACUUUGCUCCAAAUUCAACGGAAGAUCACACCGACAUUCCAAUGGUUGCCUUAUUUUCGCUUGUUGACGGUGAUAAACAAUCUCAAGGUAUGGCAUAUUCCUUUGACAAUGGAACCACAUGGAAGCAAUAUCAUGCAAAUCCAGUUAUUGACAAUCCGGGCAUAACUGAUUUUCGUGAUCCAAAUGUUUUCGAGCACGAGGGAGAGCACUACAUGACAUUGGCUGUUAAAGAUCGAGUUUCAUUCUACAAAAGUAAGGAUUUCAAAAAUUGGGAAUGGGUUGGUGAUUUUGGAAUUGAUCCAGAAGAAGGAGACACAUCGGGUGUGUGGGAAUGUCCGGCACUUGUCACCCUAAAAGAUGACCAAAACAAUCAACACGAUGUACUAUUAGUUUCUGAAAAUGGUGAAGCAAAAGGAUCCCUUUUCCAAUACUUUAUCGGUAAAUUUAAUGGUAGCCGAUUCAAUAGUUAUAAUACAUCAAAAAUGUAUUGGGCAGAGGAUGCAAUUGAUAAUUAUGCAGCUGUUCCAUAUCAUAAUGAUCCUCUGGGGCGUGUCAUUUUAAUUGGCUGGAUGUCAAAUUGGUUGUAUGCAGACAAAAUUCCAACAUCAACAUGGCGUGGACAAUAUACAAUUCCACGUGAAUUGGGAAUUAAAUUUGUUGGCGGUGAUCUUUAUCUAACCCAACGGCCGGUUGAAGAAUUAAAUAAACAGAUAAGUCAAACAUGGUCAAUGCCAGCACCGUUCAACAUCAAUGCCAACCAAAUCAAUUUAACCGAACAAAUUCCAUUUAAAACUGGUUCAAUGCUAAAAUUGGAGUAUGCCAUUGACAUUGCAAAUCUUACGACAGGCAAAUGCGGUCUACAAUUCAGCAAUAAUCGUGGCGAAUUUGUAUCGUUUGCAUUUGAUGUUGAGAAAAAUGUCUACGAAUUUAAUCGUAUGCAUUCUGGAAAUGUUUCAUUCCACGAACGAUUUGCUAAUAAAGUAAUGACAUCCGAUCGAGUCAGUACAAGUGAUACACUUUUCGGCACUAUUGUUUUAGAUGUGGCUUCAAUUGAAAUAUUUGCUGAUGAUGGUGUCAACCUUAUCACCGCAAUAUUCUUCCCAACUGAAGUAUUUGAAAACAUCGAAUUGAUCAGCACCAAUAACGACGCUAGCGGGCAAUCACCACGCGUACAAUCAUUGAGCGUUUCAUCUCUGAAGAGCAUUUGGUCGAAUUAA